AUGCAGAGCCGGAUGUCUUUGCGGCCUUGCGAGUUCUGGUCCGUCGGUAAUUAUCUUUCGGACAACAAGAGGCUUCAACAUGGCUGUCCCAACGGGGAAAUCUGUGGUCUUCGUGACUGGAAACGCAAAUAAACUAGAAGAGGUGGCAGAAUGGUUCACAUUAAUCGAUAUUCUAUGUAGAAAAGGCGUACUAUGAACAUUAAACGUUGCAACGUGUACUGUUUAUUAGAGGCUUUACUUAGGCUCAAGCCAUGGCAGCCAACCCCUGUGAAGGCAUGGAAAUGAAUGACGGGGAAUGUGGUGGUGGUGGUGGUUUUAGAUUACACCUGCACAGAUCAAAUGUUUUGAUAGCUGUUAUUAGCCGCUAAAAUGAGAUGGAGACAUAUGUGUUGUACAGAGAUAGCGUUAACUGAGUUACAGAAGUUCUGCAGUCCGACUAAAAGUCCAUGCUAUUAUAAAAUACUGCUCCUCUGUUCUCUGACCAACAGGUGAUCAGAUCCUGGGGGACAAGUUUCCCUACAAACUAGUGUCCAAGAAGAUUGACUGUGAGUACACCUUAUCAAUGGAAUUACGAAGUAAACUGUUACUGAAUUACAACAUCUAUUCUUAUGUUUUCAUCUGGGACUAAAUUACUGUUUUCCUCAGUGCCUAAAUACCAAGGUGAACCAGAUGAGAUCUCCAUACAGAAGUGUAAGGAGGCAGCAAAACAGCUGUGACAGUUUGGACUAUUAUUUUUAUGCUGAUAUUGGGUUAUUCUUACCUGUUCUUUAUCAUGUGUUUUCAUGGCCAGCAAAAACUCCCAUCCCUUUUAUUAAUGGUCUGGAUUCUGAUCAAUUAAUAGUGUUGUUCAUGUACCCCCUGGUCGGUCUGUGACUCUUUUCUCAGGUGGAUGGGCCAGUCAUAGUGGAGGACACCUGUCUGUGUUUCAGAGCACUGUGAGGCCUACCAGGACCCUACAUGUGAGUUCGCCUCUAUAACCUCUCUGUAGAGCCUGUGGGAUCCUCUAAUAUGACUCACUAGUAGUAUUUUCCAUUAAUUAACUUAUUGAAAAUGAAUCUAUUGUUUGUUUCAUGUAGAAAAUGGUUCCUGGAUAAACUGAAGCCAGAAGGUAAGCGAUGACUCAUAAACUACAUAGCCUUUCUUUACCAUUCGGCCAUCAGAUUUGCCACCAAUGCGCCUUAUAGGACACGUCACUGCACUCUAUACUCCUCUGUAAACUGGUAAUCUCUGUAUACCCGUCGCCCAUCUUAAUCUUUUAUUUUUAUUGGCCAGUCUGAGAUAUGGCUUUUUCUUUGCAACUCUGCCUAGAAGGUCAGCAGGGUCAAGCGGGCAGGUUGUUGGGCGGCCGGCCGUCACAAGUCGCAAGAUUUCAUCUGGAGAGAGAGGGGAGAAAGAAGUCAAAGCAUAGGGUAGGGCAGUGUGAGCAGGACCAGCGGUGUCAUUUGACUUAAUAAAUGAGGAUCGGAUGUCGUCAACCUUUUUUUCAAAAUGGUUGACGAAGUCAUCCACAGAGAGGGAGGGGGGGGGGGAGGAGGAGGAUUCAGCAGGGAGGAGAAGGUGGCAAAGAGCUUCCUAGGGUUAGAGGCAGAGGCUUGAAAUUUAGAGUGGUAGAAAGAGGCUUUAGCAGCGGAAACAGAGGAAGAGAAUGUAGGGAGGAGGGAGUGAAAAGAUGACAGGUCCGCAGGGAGUCUAGUUUUCCUCAAUUUCCUCCCGGCUGCCCGGAGCCCUCUUCUGUGAGCUCGCAAUGAGUCGUCAAGCCACGGAGCAGGAGUGGAGGACCGAGCCGGCCGGGAGGAUAGGGGACAUAGAGAGUCAAAAGAUGCAGAAAGGGAGGAGAGGAGGGUUGAGGAGGCAGAAUCAGGAGAUCGGAGGGAGAAGGAUUUAGCAGAGGGAAGGGAUGAUAGGAUGGAAGAGGAGAGAGUAGCGGGAGAGAGAGAGCGACGGUUGCGACGGCACAUUACAUUUACAUUUACAUUUACGUCAUUUAGCAGACGCUCUUAUCCAGAGCGACUUACAAAUUGGACCAUCUGAGUAGGGGCAGAGUGAGUAGUGUUGGAGGAGAUCAGCACAACAGUUUUCAGCUGUGCUAACAUAAUUGCAAAAGGGUUUUCUAAUGAUCAAUUAGCCUUUUAAAAUUAUAAACUUGGAUUAGCAAACACAACGUGCCAUUGGAACACCGGACUGAUGGUUGCUGAUAAUGGGCCUCUGUACGCCUAUGUAGAUAUUCCACAAAAAAAAUCAGCCGUUUCCAGCUACAAUAGCCACUUACAACAUUAUCAAUGUCUACACUGUAUUUCUGAUCAAAUUGAUGUUAUUUUAAUGGACAAAAAAAUGCUUUUCUUUUGAAAACAAUGACAUUUCUAAGUGACCCCAAACUUUUGAACGUUAGUGUACAUGCUUUUUAUCUGAACUGUUUUGGGUCACACUGUAGAGCCUAGAGGCCCCAGAGACUUUGGAUGGGACCCCUGUUUCCAGCCAGACUGAUAGGACAAAACAUAAGGAGGACUUAAUGCAGGACAUUUAUUUUACUAGCAAGAGUCUGGGUUUAUGCAUCACACUUUACCUGUCUUUAUUGGACCACUAGGGGGCAGCAAAAGUCUAUUUGUAUGUUAUGUCCAUCUGCUUGACGGAAACUAAUGAUAGUGAUUAUUCCCAGUUUCACUGAUAAUUGUAAAUGAUCUCUCUCUCUUCUCUGCUCUCUCUCUCUCUCUCUCUCUCAUCCCUGUAGUUGUGCUGAGCUACCCAAGGAGGUGAAGAACACCAUUUCCCAUCGGUAUCGCGCUCUGGCAGCCAUGUCUUAACAAUUCUCCUCUCAGGACAACGGCACACCAGACAGCAAGAAGAAGAAACACAGCGAUUAA